AUAUUGGGUUUCCGCGUAAACAAGAAGCAGCAGGAAGCCUCGGCAACUACUUAAAACAUCUCCCCAUCUCAGUUCAGGUUCCAGAAAAAAAUAUUCCCAUUUCUACAGAUACUUCAUCUAAUACUUGGCCUUUUAAGCCUGUAUCAAUUUUCUUAGAAAUACAGUGUAUAUCUGCAUAGAAGACAUGUAAUACAUAUACGUACGUUUGGAAUUUAAUAACUAUUUCUUUGUAGUUUUGGUGAAUAUUUGAGGGGGAAAGAGAGUGAUUGAAUUGAAUUAAUGCUAGCCGUGUCACCUUUGAGGAACACAACUGAGGAUGAGAACAAAGGAGCGAUGGAGAGUUUCAGAUUCAAUAUUAGCUCGGAAGAGUUCCCUGACUUCUACCAUGGGAAUUUACUCGAGAGUAUUGAUUUUGAGGAUCUAUUUGUCGACGGUUAUGUGUUGCCGGAUUUGGAGAUGGACCCUGAAAUUCUCGCGGAAUUACCCGCCCCUGGCGGUGAGGACCCGGAGAUGAACGUAUCGGUAGAAGAAACGGGUGACGGUUAUAAUCAAAGGAAAGAGGAAGAAGGUAAGGUUUCAGAUCCGGGUUCAAGUUCAGGUUCAGCGUUAGGUUGGAGCAGAAGCAAAGGCGAGGAGAUUGUUAGCAAAAGAGAGGAAGGUAGAGCAGUUAAAACAACUUUGAAAGAUGCUGAUAAGGGAAGAAAAUCACCAGCACAAGCAAAGAAUAACAACCAAGGGAAACGAAAAGUGAAGGUGGAUUGGACGCCAGAGCUGCACAGGAGGUUCGUGCAAGCAGUAGAGCAGCUGGGGCUGGAUAAGGCGGUGCCUUCAAGAAUUUUAGAGCUUAUGGGAAUCCAAUGUCUCACUCGCCAUAACAUUGCCAGCCAUCUUCAAAAAUAUAGAUCUCAUCGGAAGCAUUUGCUAGCUCGUGAGGCGGCGACAGUAGCAAGCUGGACCCAAAAGAGUCAAAUCUGUGGUGCUGCCACCACUCCAGCAGGUGGAGGCAAGAGAGACAAGAAUCCUUGGCUUGCACCGACUAUGGGUUUUCCGCCUAUGUCACCGUCGUCACCCUUGCACCACCACUUUAGGCCUUUGCAUGUAUGGGGUCAUCCCACCGUGGACCAAUCCCUAAUCCACUUAUGGCCUAAACAUCUAGCCCCCCCACCGCCACCACCACGGCCUACGUGGGAACCUCCGCGAGCAGGCCCCUCGUAUUGGCACCACCACCCCAAACGUGUAACAAAUGGAAUAAGCCCAGGAACACCUUGCUUUCCACAACCACUGCCACUAGCAACAAGGAGAUUUGCUGCAGCACCGGUCCCGGGCAUUCAACCGCACCAUGGCACCAUGUACAAGGCAGACCCCGGCAUUGGCGUCCGAUCAAGGCCCCACCCUCUCAUGGACUUCCACCCGUCGAAAGAGAGCAUAGAUGCAGCUAUAGGAGAUGUUCUAUCGAAACCAUGGCAACCACUUCCUCUGGGACUGAAGCCGCCAGCUAGUGAUACUGUUUUGGGAGAGUUGCAACGUCCAGGACUCCCCAACAUACCACCCUUUUCCGCUUGAUAUAUGUAUCCCUUGCAUUGCAUGCAACGUCAUUUUCAACACCUUAAUUCGACGACAUUAACCAUAUGUAAGGUUUCAAGUACAAGUCUUUCCUUUCUAUUCCUAUAUAUAUAUAUAAUAUUCCUUUUUCCGUGCUUAGAA